AAUCUCCAUUCUCUUGGGAAAACUGAAGGAGAUUGGCAUUACAAGGACCUUAGAGUGAGAGUUAAUGGGUUGUUGUUGAUUUGAGAAAUGGCAGAGGUCACAGGGCAAGGGAGGUCUCUGGCUGAGACCCCAACAUAUACUGUUGCUUCAGUGAUUACAGUCUUGGUUUUUGUUUGCUUUUUGGUGGAACGGUCCAUCUAUAGAUUUGGAAAGUGGUUGAAGAAGACAAGAAGGAAGGCUUUGUUUGCUUCUUUGGAGAAGAUUAAGGAAGAGCUGAUGCUGCUUGGUCUUAUAUCUUUGAUGUUGGCACAAUGGGGACGGUGGAUAUCUGAGAUUUGUGUAAAAUCAUCUCUUUUCAGCAGUAGAUUCUAUAUUUGCUCUGUGGAUGAGUAUGGCAUUAGUAAGCAUUUGUUGCUUGAAAGUUCCCCCGCUUUCCUAAAUGAUACUGAUAUUCCUCCCAAAGGAAUAAGUAGUAAAACAUCUCAUCAAUGUGGUCUGGGUCAUGAGCCAUUUGUAUCCUUAGAGGGCCUUGAGCAACUCCACAGGUUUUUAUUUGUUCUUGGUAUCACUCAUGUUCUGUACAGUUGCCUAUCAGUUGCCCUGGCGAUGAGCAAGAUUUACAGUUGGAGAAAUUGGGAAAUUGUAGCCAGUAACAUGCCUGAUGGAAACUUGCAAGCGAAGAGAAACAGAGUCAUGAGCAGACAAUCCACUUUUGUUUUCCAUCACGCAUCUCAUCCAUGGAGCAGGAGUCGGGUUCUCAUUUGGAUGUUUUGCUUUCUACGACAGUUUAAGAGCUCCAUAAAGAAGUCAGAUUACUUGGCACUACGUCUAGGUUUCAUCACGAAGCACAACCUGCCUCUUUCUUAUAAUUUCCAUAAAUAUAUGGUUCGAAGCAUGGAAGAUGAAUUUCAUGGAAUUCUUGGUAUUAGCUGGCUACUUUGGGGAUAUGCUAUUCUAUGCAUCUUCAUAAACAUUCAUGGUCUGAACGUUUACUUUUGGUUAUCUUUUAUUCCUGCCAUUCUUGUCAUGUUGGUUGGCACCAAGCUUCAACAUGUAGUUUCCACGUUAGCACUUGAAAUUGUAGAACAAACAGAUCCAUCUGUUGGGGCUCAACUGAAACCACGCGAUGAUCUCUUUUGGUUUGGAAAACCGGAGAUAUUGCUGAGGUUGAUUCAGUUUAUUAUUUUUCAGAAUGCAUUCGAGAUGUCAACAUUUAUUUGGUCAUUGUGGGGACUAAAGCAUAGAUCAUGCUUCAUUGGAAACGAUCUUAUGAUAAUCAUUAGAUUAGCUUCUGGGGUUCUUGUUCAGUUCUGGUGCAGCUAUAGCACUGUGCCCCUGAAUAUAAUCGUCACACAGAUGGGAUCUCGGUGUAAGAAAGCCUUGGUUGCUGAGAGGGUGAGGGAUUCACUUCACAGCUGGUGUAAGAGAGUGAAGGAGAGGUCAAAACGUGAAUCCCAGCACUCACAUGCGGCAAGAUCGGUCUGUUCACUUGACACAACGACCAUAGACGAGAGGGAUGAAGAAAUCACAGUUGCAUCCGGGACUUUAUCCCGAAGCUCAUCAAUGGAGUCACUGAACCAGGUGACCAUAACGUCAACAGAACAAGCAGAGUCCAUUCUGGGAACUUCCAACCCUGAGGAAAGACAAUUUUCGUUCCGAAUGGCAGAGUAUCUAUCUGAAUCCUUAACGGCAUCACAACCUCCAGAAAUUGAGGAAGAAGAUAAUGCAGACAAUGUUGCAGGGGAAGGAAAGGUUGAAACCCUGUCCGACUUAUUUCAAAGAACCUAAACAAGCUUUCCAUAUCCUACUUGCUCAUGAAAGGUAAACACAUUGACAUUUUGAUGUACCACUAAUUUGCUAACAAUAUAACUUAUUUACAUAA